GCAGACCGAAGGCACUGUAAAUUCAGACCGGAUCCUAACAUCCCUCUAAUGUUUAGUGCUGUCAAUGAAGACUACCUUGGGAGUGGAUGGUCACGAGGACACAUGGCACCAGCCGGAGAUAACAAAUUUUCAACAAGAGCUAUGGCUGAAACGUUUUAUCUGUCUAACAUUGUGCCUCAGAAUUAUGAAAAUAAUGCUGGAUUUUGGAACAGAAUGGAAAUGUAUUGUCGGGAAUUGACCGAGAGGUUUGAGGAUGUUUGGGUAGUUUCUGGACCUCUGACCUUGCCUCAAACAAAUGAUGAUGGAAGGAAGAGUGUUACUUAUCAGGUAAUUGGAAAGGAUGAUGUAGCUGUGCCAUCCCACCUAUACAAGGUGAUCCUUGCCAGACGGAGCAGAACAUCUACAGAGCCCUUGGUACUGGGGGCUUUUGUGGUGCCAAACGAUUCCAUAGGCUUCAGUCACCAGCUGACUGAGUUCCAAGUAAAUAUUGAAGAUCUGGAAAAAAUGUCAGGUUUAGUUUUCUUCCCCCAGGUGGACAAAACCAAAGAUGUUAAAAACAUCUGUGAAGUAGAUACCUGUAAACUGAUGGGCUUCAAGGAAUUUACAUUGUACAUCACUGCUCGAAAAGUGCAGAGUGCCCGUACAUUGCAUCGGUUGGAGAAAGCCAUGUCAGAGUUAAGGGAGGCAGGAAUUGAGCCCGAUGAGUAUCUUCUAAAGCUUCACAGGAAGAAGGAAGAAGAACUACUGCAGGAAAAACAAGUAGCAACUAGAGAGGGGAAAGCUGGCUGAGUACUUGUUCGGAAAGAUGCUUUUUUUGUACUUUG